CACCAAGGUAAAAUUGCUGUCUGCCUUCCUCUACAUUCUCUCCCGGCGGACGAGGGUGCGCACCGAACGAAGAAGUGCGCAAGGUGGAAUCUUCCAUUCUUCCUUCUCCAAUUUCACUGCUUCCAGAGUCCUCCUGACCCACUGAAUCUCUCUCUUGGCGGACCCGAUUUGGGAGGAGCAAACAUCAUCCCAGACCCACACGAAGAUCAUUGAGCAGUAGGAAAAUCUCCUCAAGUAGUAAUGGGCGAGGAGAGGGAGGAUCCGCAGAAGUUGAAGAGAAUAGCGGCGGCGGCUUACGAUUACGAGAACGACCCCAGAUGGGCGGAUUACUGGUCCAACAUCCUCAUCCCUCCCCACAUGGCCUCUCGCGCCGACGUUGUCCAGCACUUCAAGCGCAAGUUCUACCAGCGUUACAUCGAUCCUGAUCUUGUAGUUGAAGCUAUGUCUUCGACCGGCGCUUCUCAAUCUACAAAAUCUGCUACUGCUGCUGCUUCAUCAUCACCAUCGGGAUCUUCAAAUCAACAACCUCGACAGCGAAACACAGGUUCAACUACCACGAACUCUGGAGCAAGUCCGGCUGCUGGCCAAAAUCUAACUUCAGUACGCUGGGAUCGCCAAACUAUACAGUUUUCCAUCAACGCUUGGCGCUUGAUUGUUGUGGUGCAGGUUUUUGUUGUGGCUAUGCUGGCAAUCUUCCCUCUUGUGCCUAGAAGUCUCUCCAAUAGAGCAUAUCGUCUUUCAUUCAUGGGGACUGCUUGUUCAUCACUGUAUUCACUGUACAUGCUAUAUGGGAGGCCUAGGGCAUGGAAUUUGCAGGCUUUGCAGGUUUAUUUGCAGUCAAUAAUUGCAACCAAAGAUUUCAUCUACUUCAUCUACUGCCUGACUUUUGUCACUUCAAAUUUAUGCCUCAUGUUUGCAUUAAUCCCUAUUCUAUGCCGUGCAUUGCUGAAUGUUGCUAAGUUCCUGAGGCGUAACUUCAACAGUUCCUCCUUGUACAGGAGGUACCUUGAAGACCCUUGUGUCUGGGUGGAAUCAAACACCACCACCCUUAGUAUUCUAUCUUCACAUGCAGAGAUUGGGAUUGGGUUCCUCUUAGUUCUGUCUUUGUUCUCGUGGCAACGAAACAUAAUACAAACAUUCAUGUACUGGCAGCUAUUGAAGCUGAUGUACCAUGCUCCAGUUACUGCUGGGUAUCAUCAAAGUGUGUGGACCAAGAUCGGGAGGAGUGUGAACCCACUUGUGAGCCGUUACUGCCCAUUCUUGAACGCUCCAAUCUCUGCUGUUCAAAAAUGGUGGCUUAGGUAGCAAACAUACAAAGAGAGAGCAGGAAUGUCUGCGUAAAAUUGGUGAUGAAUGGACGGGUGGAUGAAAUGAACUCCACCGUUGAUGAUUUUGGUCUGAAGUAGAAGAGUAGGCUCGUAUUAUCAUUUGGCUAUGCUGACAGAGCUAAACUGAACUGGUCUACUUAUGACAGAGUUAGGACAGGCAAACUAUGACAGCCUUUGAUUCCCGAAAGGAAUUUUGCAUGGUUUCAAAUUCAAGUCAUGAUGAAAUAAAACCUUUGCUGCUUCUUAAUUAAUCAUGAUGCAGGGAAAAGGGUUCUGUUUAUUCUGCUUUUUGCUUGCCUAACUUGGCACUGGUUUGAUGUGUGCUAUAAACCAAUAUGUUGUGGCUGCUGGUUCUUAACAAAUAUGUGUCACUUGUAAGAAAUUCCAGCCAAAGUUGGGUCUCGAUUCAAUUACAAUGAGCAUGUUCAUUCAUCUGCACGACAAGCCCGUUC